UUAAACAUGAACCCUGUGUACACUGUUCAGUAACAGCGAUACUGUGCUGCACUUCCAGUUUUGGGACCUAGAAUUAUGUGUUGACUGCAAUGGCUGCGUCCACCGAGUCAUUUUACCUGGGGUUUGAUUUCAGCACUCAACAACUGAAGGUGGUUGCUGUUGAUGGGAACCUCAGUGUUGUCCACCAGGACAAUGUGCAGUUUGACAGUGAAUUGCCAGAAUUCGGGACUCAGGGAGGGGUCCAUAUCCAUGCAGACAGUCUGACUGUCACUUCUCCUGUACUCAUGUGGGUAAAGGCACUUGACCUGAUCCUUGGCAAGAUGAAGAAUGCAGGAUUUGACUUCUCGCGUGUGAAAGCCCUAUCUGGGAGUGGCCAGCAACAUGGCAGUGUGUAUUGGAGGAAAGGAACCAACAAAGUUCUCAGGGAUCUCCAGCCAGGAAAAAGUUUGCAUGAACUUCUGAAGGGUGGUUUUGCCGUGUCAGAUAGUCCAGUGUGGAUGGACUCCAGCACUACAGAGCAGUGUCAGUACCUGGAGACAGCAGUAGGUGGCGCUCAGAGAGUUGCAGACAUCACAGGCUCCCGGGCCUAUGAGCGUUUCACUGGAAAUCAGAUUGCCAAGAUUUACAAGGCCCAACCAGAGAAGUACGAGGACACAGAGAGAAUCUCAUUGGUCAGCAGCUUUGCUGCCUCUCUCUUCCUGGGCAGCUAUGCAGCUAUUGAUUACAGUGACGGUUCAGGGAUGAAUUUGAUGGACAUUUUCAGCAAACAGUGGUCAGACUCCUGUCUUGAGGCUACUGCUCCUCACCUGGAGGAGAGGCUGGGAGCCCCUGUGCAUUCUUCAACUGUCUUGGGCCUCCUCUCUCCUUACCAUGUCACUCGUUAUGGCUUCCCAGAGGACUGCAAGGUGGUGGCAUUCACUGGGGAUAACCCAGGGUCCCUGGCUGGGAUGAGGUUACAGGAAGGAGACAUAGCUGUGAGUCUUGGCACUAGCGACACAGUCUUCCUGUGGAUCAAAGAGCCGAGGCCCACAGUGGAAGGACACAUCUUCUGCAACCCAGUGGACCGCCCCUCCUAUAUGGCUUUGAUAUGCUAUAAGAAUGGCUCCCUGACCAGAGAGAGGAUCAGAAACAAGUGUGCUGGAGGGUCAUGGGAAGUCUUCUCCUCGGUCCUGAGGACUACACCAACAGGGAACAACGGGAACAUAGGGAUUUACUUUGAUGCCAUGGAAAUCACACCGUCUGCAGUCGGAGUUCACAGAUUUGACAAAGAAAAUACGAAGGUAGCCGGCUUCUCCGCCCAGGGGGAAAUCCGAGCCCUGGUUGAGGGACAGUUCCUGGCAAAGAGGGUCCACGCCGAAAAGCUGGGUUAUAAGAUCAUUCCAGGAACUCGAGUGCUGGCCACCGGAGGGGCUUCUUCUAACAAGGACAUUCUGCAGGGCCACACAGCUGUGUUUGAGGCCUUGUGAUUCGUGGAACCCCGGCUGACCUCUCUCUCCAUACAUUAGGCCCUGUAUGUGUUCUCAUGGCCCCUUUGUUGUGCUCAGCCCAGCACACCCCAUGCAUUUACAAUGUGCUCCCCCUCGAGCAAGACACUUGGCUACAGUCCCUUUACUAUAUUUGUGUGGGUGUUGUGGGCAGCAUGCUCAGUUUCAAUGAUAUUGACAUGAUGCAGUAUUGGAAAUGGAGCCAUUAGAAUGCGUUGCCAUGCCAAGCCCCUGUGGAACAGACAUUUGUUAUGUAUUCAUAUUCUCUCUGUGAUGAUGUUGUUACAUGUUAGAAAUAUUUUGACGCUACAGAUGUUUUGUUUGCCGUCUAAUUAUUUUUUUAUUACAAAACAUAAUGUUGUAUCGCUUCACGCCUUAACAAGGUUAUUCCCUGAUGAGUGGCAAGGUAAUGAAAUUAGAGCGCUGCAAAAUUGUGUAUGUUUUACACUCUAAGUGAGUGGAAAUGGAAUCAAUCGGCCUCAAAACAGGAAACAAUAACCAUGAGGAAACUGUAUGCUCUUUUGUUCCUUUGUUUUGUUUCUUGUUGCGAGUGAAAUGGAUGAAAAUGAUAGCCUUCUAUCCACUCUGCAGUGUUUAGAGAUCUUAUUUAAGCCACCACUAACCUGUGUAAAUGGAGAUACAAUCCACAGUAUAGAAUUCAGUUCAGGUAUGUGUCAUUAGACAUUGGCUUUCUAUAUUACGGACAAUGACUCAUAAUGUAACAUUUGCAGACAGUAAUAUUUCCAAUAGCAUGCGGUCCCAUUCCUCUUCUCUCCAU